UUUCUUUUUUAGGUCUAUUUUUUAAAAAAAUUUGUCAAUAACUGUUGUUCUUUUCUUGUAUUCUUAAAUGAAGAUCCUCCAGUGCACGUUCACACCCAAAUGAGAAUCAGCAAAAUAAACUGAGUAGAGAAAUAGGACCUUAUACCGAGCAGAACGUGGUUCGAUUUCAAAGCAAAAGUACUCCAGUUGAGCACGAAAGCAUAUCAAAUGUCAUUCCAAGUGUUCCUGGAAGGAUGGGUUCAAAUAACAAUAAUGCUAGAGCUCAUUCAAUAAGUGAUAAUAUAUCCUCAUUGAUGUCUCCAUCGCCACAAGAAAAUUAUGAAUUUCAUCAUAAUAACAGGGAGAAAUCAAUUAUUUUGGGGAUACUUAUUGCAGCAUUAAAUGAAAUGGCAGAACUUUUAAAAUUCGAUAUUCCAAUUUCUAUUAAAUCAUCAAUUAGUAAUGAAUUUUUAUUUAAUUGGGAGAAUUAUGAGGAAAUAUUUUCAAAUCCAAAUCAGCCUGGCGAAUCACCGACAACUCGAUUUGAAUCAUCAAAGGUUUAUGGAGUGGUGCCAAUGAAUGUAAUUGAGUUGAUCCAAAAUUUUCUUGAUCCGAUCAAAUGGAUGAACAUGUUUCCUACCAUUGUCACCAAAGCUAGGACUGUUGAAGUACUUGAUUCGGGAGAUUUAGGAGGCUCUAUGCAAUUGAUGUAUGAAAAGUUACAUAUUCUAUCUCCUCUAGUUGAAGCUAGAGAUUAUUACUUUAUACGUUAUUUUAGAAAACUUGAUGAAAAAACAUGGAUUAUGGUGGAUAUUUCAUAUGAUCUAAUCAAAGAGAUCCGAAGUGGUGAAACUUCUCAUGCUUGGAAAUUUCCUUCUGGUUGUGCAAUCCAAGAUUUGGAACAUGGAGAAAGUAGGGUUACUUGGAUUGAACAUGUUCAAGUAGAUGAAAAAAUUCCAGUCCAUAAUAUGUUUUUGCCUUUAUUGAUUGACCGUCAAACAUAUGGAGCUAAAAGAUGGAUUGUUACACUUCAAAGAAUGUGCGAAAGAUAUAAUGUUGAAGUGGGUGCAACAAGUCUUUCUAGGCAUGAUCCAAAACAAGUGCUCAAUGAUCCAGAAAUCCUCGAAAAUGUAAUGCAAAUAUCUCUAAGGAUGGUGAAGAGGUUUUGUGAAAUCCUAAGCAUGACUGAAAAAUUAGAUUUUCCAACUUCGUCAAAAUUUAAAAGUGAAGAUAGAGUUUCUAUAAGAAAAAAUGAAGACAUUACACAACAAAAAGGCUUCAUUAUCACUGCUGCUACUUCCCUCUGGCUUCCUCUUUCAUGCCGAAAUGUUUUUAAUUUCCUCAAAGAUAAUAACUCAAGGUGUCAGUGGGAUGUUUUGGCUGGUGAAAAUACUGUCACUGAAUUAGCAAGAAUAGAAACAGGAUGUGUUCCAGGAAACAAUAUUACAAUCAUUCAGCCUUAUGUUCCAGAAGAGAAAAAAAUGUUGAUUCUUCAAGAGUCCGCCAUUGAUGAAUUGGGAGCAUUUUUAAUCUAUGCACCCAUUGAUUUGUCAACAGUCAAUUCAAUUUUUAAAGGAAGUGAUGUCAACAAAGUUUCCAUUUUGCCUUCAGGAUUCAUCAUAUGUCCCGAUGGUCGCCACAAUUUGGACACAUACAUUACUAAAAAUGCACAAAAUGGUUCAAUUUUGACAAUGACUUUUCAAAUAUUGAUUUGUCAUGCCAACAACGCUUCAAUCUCCUUGAAGCAACAAAAGAGUGCAGUGACUUCUGUUCAUAACCUUUUGAGCUCUACAAUUUUAAAAAUUAAAGCAACAUUAGGUUGCUCUGACUAAAAAUUAUAAUGUUUUAGUUGCUUAAUAUCUUUUUUGGGUAUCUUAAAUCUUAGAUAAAUUAAAAUGUUUGAAGAAUGACAUGUUCUCUUUUUAGUGACAAUUGUAAUAUUCUCAAGACGAUGAGAUAUAUUAUUGUUGUUGUCUCUUAUAUUGAUAGACUAAAUUUGAAA